AUGUUGCCCUCAGGUUUAAUUAACCCAAACUGUAACAAUCUGGUUGGUUCGGGCGUGGUUAUCCAUGUGCCCUCUUUCUUCACUGAGUUGGAAAACAUCGAGAAGAAGGGCUUGGAUUGCAGAGACCGUCUAUUUGUUUCUGAUCGUGCCCACCUUGUUUUUGAUUUCCACCAAAUUGCUGAUGGUUUGAAAGAGAAGGAGCUCAGCACUUCAAAUAAGGCUAUUGGUACCACUGGUAAGGGUAUUGGCCCUACCUAUUCUACUAAGGCCAGUAGAAGUGGUAUUAGAGUGCACCACUUGGUGUCUCAAGAGCCAGGUGCGUGGGAGGAGUUCGUCACUAGAUAUAAGAGAUUGGUUGACUCGCGUCAAAAGAGAUAUGGUGAAUUCGAGUUUGAUGUCGAAGCUGAUUUGGCUAAAUAUAAGAAGUAUGCUGAUGAAUUACGUCCUUUUGUUGUUGAUGCUAUUCCCUUCUUGAACGAUGCUUUGGCUGCUAAGAAACGUAUUUUGAUCGAGGGUGCUAACGCUCUUAUGCUUGACUUGGACUUUGGUACCUAUCCUUAUGUUACUUCCAGUAACACUUCCAUUGGAGGUGUUUGUACUGGCCUAGGAAUCCCACCUCAAAAGCUCCGUAAUAUCUAUGGAGUCGUUAAGGCCUAUACUACGCGAGUUGGUGCCGGACCUUUCCCUACUGAACAACUUAACGAGAUCGGCGAGCACUUACAGACUGUUGGUGCCGAGUUUGGUGUUACCACCGGUCGUAAGCGUCGUUGUGGUUGGCUCGACCUUGUGGUGUUGAAGUUUUCUACCCUGAUUAAUGGUUACACCUCGCUUAACAUCACGAAGUUGGACGUUUUGGACCAACUUCCUGAGCUCAAAGUUGCUGUUGGUUACAAACACAAUGGCAAGGAACUUGCUAGCUUUCCCGCUGAUCUCAGUUUAUUAGAAAAGGUCGAAGUCAUUUAUGAGACUCUUCCUGGUUGGAAGUCCGAUACUUCCAAGUGCCGCACCUUCUCCGAUCUCCCUGAGAACGCUAAGAAGUAUGUCGAAUACAUUGAAAAAUUCCUCAACGUCCCUGUUGAGUGGAUUGGUGUCGGUCCAGGUAGAGAGUCCAUGCUUACUAGAAAUUAA